AAUAGCCUUACAGAAACUUCUCUUUUCUUUGGUGAAUUCUGAAAAUCUAAUUAAAAAUUAUGGAGCUCGAAAUAUUUUAAGAAGUGUCGGGAGUUUGCAAAAAAUUAGCUUCAUUCGAGUAGUUGUUCUACUUUUUAGUGGUCUUUGGGAGAUUCCUCAGUUGUACUUAAAAAGAAAGGAUGAUUUUUUAAGAUUUAGAAAAGAAAGGAAACUUCAUUCCGGAAGAAAAUGUAUUUCUUUUUUGCAGGCUAUUUCACUUGAAGAGUUGAGGGCGUUAAAGCUUAAACUACAAUAUGCCACCGUAAAUGAUAUUCUAUUGACCGUCCUUACACUGACUUUGAAAGCGUACAUUACUGAAAUUUGCGAAAAAGAUUCCACUAACGGCCUUAAACUAGGUAGAACUCUUUUUAAAACGCGUUGUUGUUAUCCCGUUAAUAUGAGAAUGGCGACUGACGGAGACGCAUUAAACAAUAAAGUUUUCUUUGAUUAUUUUGAAUUUCCUGUUUUCGCGCGCUCUCCACUGGAUUGCUUUUGGAAGAUAAAGCGAAUAACAGACGGGAAUAAGAGAAAGCUCCGAAGCGUGCUAUAUUAUAAUCUUUUAAAUUUUCUUUUCAACCUCAAUCUCCUUCGUAUGAACUAUCUUUUAAAAGUGUAUUCCUUUUUACUGCAAAGAUUUGCGUGCGCUUUGUCAAACGUGGCCGGUCCGCCUUCUCCUGUUUAUUUAGAUGGAAUUUUAAUCGAAGACAUGCAGUUUAUAACCGAGACGGACUUGGCUGUUUACUUUGGUAUCUACAGCUACAACGGAAAAGUCUCAGGGACGGUUACGAUGGACGCAGCUAUUGAGCCGUAUCCUGAGCGCCUUUGCAAGCACUGGAAGCCGCAAUUUGAUGCAUUAAAGCGAAGCGUUGAUGAGGCUUUAGAGAAACAAAAACCAGCGGACGACUUUCUUGCUUGUCCAGAUUUCGUGUUUAAAUCUUCCCUGCAAGAGAAAAUUAUAUUCGCACUCAUAUCACUGAUAUUUUCCUCCUGGAUUUACUUUUUGAUUGGUUCAGCUGUUACUAAGCUUUAA